UCAAUCCAUUGCUAAGACUCAGACACUAAAAUACUCAGCGACCUUAUUUAACCCUAUUUGCGAAUAGACAUUUACUCCAAUUUUUAAGACAAUGACUUAUAAUCUACUUUAAACUUUUAACAAGUGUAUGGAAUUGUCUUAAUUUCGGGCAUCAAACCUCUGGGUAAUCGACUGUUUAACAAAAGAGGGCAGCUAUAGUUUGUGAGGCUCUGUGGUCGAAAGCAUGGCUUCCCGAGGAAAAUCAGAAACGGGAAAACUGAGACAAAAUAUGGAAGAGCAACUUGACAGACUGAUGCAGCAGCUCCAGGAUCUGGAGGAAUGCAGAGAGGAGCUGGACGAGGAAGAGUACGAGGAAACCAAGAAGGAGACACUCGAACAACUGAGCGAAUUCAAUGAUUCUCUGAAGAAGAUCAUGUCAGGAGACAUGACACUUGUAGAUGAGCUCAGCGGAAUGCAACUGGCCAUCCAGGCUGCCAUCAGCCAAGCAUUCAAAACCCCAGAAGUUAUUCGAAUGUUUGCCAAGAAGCAGCCUGGUCAGCUGAGAACCAGACUAGCAGAGAUGGACCGAGAUGUGAUUGUGGGGAAGCUGGCGAGAGCCGUGUACACCCAGCAGAAAGUGGAAAUCCUCACAGCCUUGAGAAAAUUGGGCGAGAAGCUUACUACAGAAGAUGAGACCUUUCUAGCAGAAAACGCCACAGCUACUCUUAGCCAGUUUGAAAAAGUCACUGCAAACCUAGGGUCAGAAGACAAAAUUAUGGCUUUAGCUAGCUCUGGUGUGAAAACCAAAGCAUAGGGUUACCACAAAAUGUCCAUUUUAAGUGAAUGUUUCUGUCAAUGCCAAGUGAAGAAAGUGCCAAUCAGUCUGCUUUUGUAACAAAUCAAUGCACUUCAAGGUGUUGCAGAAACUCCUAAUACUUUUUAACAGUAUUGUUUUAUACCCCAGAAGGUAUGUAAAUGUAUUUUAUUUGUCUACACUAGAGGACUGUAAAUUGUGUCAUUGAUACUAGAAUAUGACAUGCUGAGUAGUUGGAGGAUCGUGGACUGACAAUGGCAGUUCAUGGAAAAUUGUAUAGUGACUUGUGCUAUAUUUCUCAUUGGGUUGCCCUGUCUGUCGCAUUUUAAGGACUAAAAUCUCUUGGUGUGUAUAUGAUUACGAUUGUGUCAGCAAUGGUGCAGAUGAUCAAGGUGUUAUCUCUUGAACUAAACUGAGCUAUCUUUUUAGAUAAUCAAACUUUUCAAACUAUCCAUUAACUAAUGUGUUAAAAUAUGUAGGCUUCCAACUGAAUUUUGGAUCUCACCUUUAGCUUUGCCACCAAAUCUGUAACCACGGAGGAGAACAUCUUUAGAAUAACGAGUUUUCAGUGGCUGAAAAAGCCAAUCAGAUGAAUGGUGAUAUAUUUUCAAAUCCACACUGACAGUCCAGUGUACGUUUUCAGUCUAAUCUUUGAUAAUGCACGUUGCGUUGUCCUCAUGUAAUUUUUGAUGUCCAACUAGCAAUUGAACUGUCUGUUUUUAAUCACAAAUGAUAUUUAAGUUUUUAAUCUUUAUAUGAUAUUUGUAUUACAGGUAUGUGAUAAAAUUUCGCAUUCUGCC